CGCACCAGGAGGGGGGCCCAGCUGCAAAAAAAAUCGAUGUAACAAUGGCAGCAUCAAACACCUUUUACAAGAUGGGGAAAAAAAUAAAAGCACCAGCAUAACAUACAAAUUCGAGCUAAAAAAACACGAAGCAAUUGCAUGCACAAAUGAAAUGGUGCAACUCCUUGUUUGUUUCAUGGAAGAAGAAGAAUACUGUAAAAUAAAAUGGAGCUGUAGUACUGGGGGGGGAAAAAAAGCCUGUCUCCAUCACUGAGGCGCGUCCACCUGCUGAUAUCGGAGGGUUCGGGGCAGAAACCAUGGAGAAGUGGUUGCACUGAGGGGAAAGACGAGUACGGUAGUAGGAGGUGGGCAUUCCGGGUGACAGAAAAAGGGCACAGUUUGGGUGCAUUCGGAGGUUGGAUAGAGGUAUGAUGCAUGGAAGGAGAGACAGAACCAGACAAUAUUAAUGGAUGUUCUACAAGAUAACAGCUCCUCUGCACAGGAACGAAGCCCUGCUCAGAUUAAUGGGGAGAAUGAAGAUGGAUCACAUGACCAGAGGGAUGAUGUGAAGCCGUGUGCUGCUGCAUAUGCUGCAGUUACAUUUUCAUCCUUGGCUCCGGCAACGACUGACAGCACACAGAAAGAAAACCAAGUGUGUCAGCGGGUUGUGCCUCCGUUGACUUCAAAGGAGUCCUGUAUCCUGAGCCCUCCGUCCCCUCUGAGGCUCACAGAGGUACCUGAUCACACUUCACAUGACUCUUCCACGCAUGCCACUUCCCUCACAUCCUGCAUUACCAAGGGGGUGAGCCCCUGGUCACUGCCAGAGGAUUGCGACCGAACCCCGUUCACCAUCAUGGAGCCAGGUGGUAUAUCGGCUCUGACUGGCGACUGCUUAAUGCCGCAGAGCCGCACCUGCCUGGGUUGCUUUAUAGAAUCAAAAGACAGUGUCGACGCUGAGCCAGGAAUCAGCCUGAAAAUGGGGGAUAUAAACAGGGAUUAUGAUACCUGCUCCAUCUCAGAUAUAGGGAUUCAUUGCAUGAGCACAGGAGAGAGUGCAAGAUAUGGGGAUCAACUGCUUUCUGAUCAGCUCCUAAGCUUCCCACUGCAUAAGUCAAGGACUGCAGACAAAAGAGACAUGGAGAAAUCUGACAGUGAUUCAGAAGAGCCGACUCCAAAAAAUGAUUACGAGGGAUUACUGUUAGACAAAUGCAACGGGGAUGAGACUCUGCUAUCAAAUCCCAAUCAGGAUUGGGGCUAUUUUGAGUCCUUUAUUAGUGAAAGUAAAAUCGAACUGCUUGACCUAUGCUCCAAAAACGAGCUCUCUGUAAACCUUUUUUCCGAGGAGGAUGUGGACAAUUACAUGUUCGAUGAUGACGACUCCACCCUCAGCAGUGACGUGUGCUCUUUAAAGAUCCGCUACGAAUCCUUCCAGGAUAACAUGAGGGAAAAGACCAACGCCAUGCAAGAGGAGACCCAGUUUAACUUCUUCCCCAGUGUCCUUGUCAACUGCACAAAAAAGGAAAAUGGCCCUGUCAAGAAGAACACAGACUCUCAGUUUAAAGCUGAUGAGAUCAGUCUUUGGGAUAGCGAAGACAAAGCUGAUACAAACAAAAGUUGUAACCCUGGUGGCACAGUACCGUACUUACCCGCUAAAAGAAACCAUUUUUUUGACUCCAACAAUUCUGCUGAAGAUUCAGGGGAAUACAGCGAUGACGACAGUUCAUGCACAGGAUCUUCUUACGACACUUUCAGGGAAGCUAAGGAGUGCAGUAGGUAUUUAUCCAGAGAGAACUCCAGUUCAUCCAGCCAGCUAAACUACGGAUUAAGAGCCAAACGAAAAGUGAGAUACAGUGACGACUACCUGUAUGAUGUGGAUUCUAUUGAGAGUGAAAAGAAUGCAGAGAAAAAAGAGCUGCAGCCAUACGGCCCUAAAGAGGAAGAUGAUGACGACUGGUGCCCAAAGAAGAGACGAAAAUCCUCUCGGAAAGAGCCCCCAGUUAUCAUUAAGUAUAUAAUUAUCAACCGCUUCAAAGGAGAGAAGCACAUGCUGGUAAAACUAGGCAAAAUAGAUCCCACCAACACAACAGUUAACUUAAACGAUGACCUACUGAACAAAUAUGAAAAAAUGGCUCCCUUAAAAGACUAUUGGGAAAAACAGCAGAUCAACAGGAACGAUCUGGCUAUUGGUGAUAAACAGCAUUUUCAUAGGAAUGGCUCAGAUCCGUCGUUCAGGCCUAGCCCAACGAAAAGAAAAUAUAAGAUUGCAAACAGACAUAGGAUUCAAAGAAUUCAAACUGUGGAGCAAACGCCAAACAAGCAGGAAAGCCACACUACAGAUGAUGCAGCCCUUCUGGGCAUGCCAUUAACAAUAGCAACCCCCAGCUGUGCAAACAGAUUAGACUCGAAUGACAUAACACACACUGGCUCAGAAAAGAGCAGAUCACAAGAAAGCGAAGAUAAGGGAAUUGAAACAAAAAUUGUCAGAGUAAAAAAAUUCAGAAGUGAAGCCAGAUUGAGGAGCAAAAGAAUGAAAGCCAUGCAAGAGGAUAGCAAAAGCGUAACAAACCUAACAGCAAUUUGCCCUGCUUUAGAAAACCAGGACUCUGUAGGCAUGAAGGAUGUUACUAUUAACUGUGCUGCUAGCAGUCCUCAUUUAUCUGAAAGCCACAGUACUGAUGCUGCUGCUGAAAAAUCUACUUUUUUACCUGCCACCACCUGUUCGUCUGACAAGCCUGUACCAUCUGCUGACAUUGCUACAAGUGUACCAGUUGUCCCUGGAGGCUAUCUGCAGACGUUGCUAGAUGCAUCUGAUUCAUCAAGUAAUACCGGGAUCUCUUACUUCUCCCAACAUCCCUCUGAGCAGCAUCCUGUCAGUGUUUCCCACGCGGAAAAGCAGUUCACUUCUCUGCAACUCGCACAGAGUUGUGUGCUCUCCCCACCCUCCGAGUCAGAGCUUCAACAGUCGCCCCACCGCCUGGAGAUUGAGCAGAACAUUCCUCCCAUGUGGCACACCGAGCCCAGCAACAGCCAGCCUUCAUUUACGUCCAGUAUCCCAGAAACUGCUCUGCUAUCAAGCAAUUUCGGGGUGUCUGCUCAAAUGACAGAUGACAUGUCUGAAUACUGCCAGCUAAACCUAAACAGCAACAGACUACUAUAUCAGAAGAAUUAUUUGCAUGAGCACCCCUUGCAGGCUGACACUGAUUAUCAGGCAUGCCAGGUACCGUGUGCAGAGGGACAUUUUCAGUUUCAGCGAGGCACACUAAACACAGAUGAUGGCAGACUCGUCAGUUUUGAUUCAGUGGGUUCAUUGUCAGCUACUUCUAGCAAUUAUAGCUCUUUAAGUUUAAAGUCCUGCGAUAAGGACGGUGAAGAUGACAUGAAUGAUAACUUCUUAGCCCACUGCAGUCCCAAAUUGGUGAUCCAGCAAAGCAUUGAUGAGAUUAUCCCCCUGAAGGAGUCAACAGACUUGCUGGACAUUUCAAACUUCACUCCUGAUAAGUUCAGACAUUCAUCCCUGUCGGAGAUGUCACCGCCUGAUACUCCAAAUUUGUCUCCUCAAGUUACAGGGCCAGAAAUGAAGUCCAUGGGGAAGGUUAAAGACUUCCAGGAUUCCACUGAAGCCAUUCUAGGCAGCUCUCAGGAUGUGAAAUGGAACUGUAACGUCCUUCAACAGCAGGAACAUCACAAUAGCCCGUUCAUGGUUAGCAGUCAUAGAUUUCAGUUCCACAUGUUCAAUGAUGAUGAUACGGUUGGUCUGGUUGAGAAACCCCCCUGCCUGGAAACCUUUGACAAGCAACUACAUGAAAUCAGUACCAGUAGUUCAAAAACUUCAAAAGCAAAAAAGAAAUUAGCCCCCAAGCAGACUGGGACUGAUCAGAAGAGUGCAAAGAAAGCCAGAAGCCCAAAAGGCAGCAAAACAUCAGAGAAAAGUAAAACUCCUCGACAAGGGUCCAGAACAAAGAAAGGGAAAAACGGCACAGAAGAAAAGAAUGCUAAGGCCCAGGCCGGGGAUUCCAAGGUGGCACUGAAAGAUCCCAUCACAAUUCACAACCCUGGCAACUUCGUGCUUUCUAAUGACUGGUCAUUGGGUAAAGACACCAACGUGAGCUGGUCUGAUCCUAGCAUAGCACAGAAUGCGAAUCUCCUUGACGAUGAUCAGCGAGAGUUUGAGGAGCCCUCAAACAUCCUGUCCAACAUCGCUUCUGGAAUGGCUGAGGUCCAGCGGUUCAUGAUGGCCUCUAUCGAGCCAUUGUGGAGCCCUGCAGCGAGUGUGUGCCAGCCCCCGGAAGCUAACAGCCUCAAAUUGAAAACCCUCAAAAUCCUUGCCAGCACCCCAGCAGAGUCCAAAAGGAAAGGCAGCAGCAGCAGCGUUUCCCCUGGAGUGAUAAAGAGCCGGAAGUCAUCCACCAAGAGCACAGGCAGCAAAACCCAAGUGAAAUUAAACGUUUCCAGCCCCACACUGCCCAGCAUUGCACUGGAUUGUAAAGGAGGUACUUUGCCAAGGUGUGUCUUUGAUAAAAGCAUUGCUAAUCUAAGUACUUCAGGCAAUAACGGCCCUCCGCAUAAAAAGAUGUAUCGUCAUAAAACAAGCGCAAAAUUUCCAAGGGAUGAAAACAGUAAGGGAAAACGAACAGAACGCGAGCAGAAUAAGGACUUAUCAGUGAUGGCCUCUUUAGAAAAACUGAGGUAAUAUUCCGUAACUGUGGCUGCAAUGCACAACCCCCCUGCCCCACUCUCCUUUCUCACUUUCCUUCUACCUGCUAAGCCCUGUGUCCCCUCGUUUUCCCUGUUGACUCAAAUGCAAGAGUUGCAUGGCAAAGACAUUCCCCCUUUGUUUCCAGAGAGAGAAAUGAGUAACUUGCAUGAAAUGUAUUGUACUUUUACAAACUACCUAUUGAGUAAUUGUUUCCAGCUUGGCUGGGUUUAUACAACCACCAUGGCUGCAAUUUUCUGCUAUGUUGCUGCUUCAGUUUUUUUUUUUUUUUUUUUUUUUUUUUUUUGAAAAGCCUUGAAAAAAAAUGACACAACUUUUUUUGAGCCUUUUUUUUGUGAAAUAAUAUUAUUAAACUUGUCACCUGCUGCCCCUUCCACAAAUAUCUAUAUCUAUAUAUCUAUAUAUAUAUAUAUAUAUAUAUAUAUAUAUAUAUAUAUAUAUAUAUAUAUACACACACACACACACACACACACAAUGUUUUUAUUGAAAAAACAUAGGCAUAACCUGUCUUUUGUAUGCAGAAAUUGGACAGCCUCUCUAACACCAGUCUGCAUUUCACAGCCUGACUUGCAUCUCUGCAAUGCCCUGUAGAAAUCAUAUCACCCAAUGUUGACAAGCUUAAAAUCGUCCUAAGAGUGUGGAAUAAAUUGUCUGAUUUUUCUGCAGGGAACCAGACUACAGUUUUCUUAAAGCAGAAAGGGGCCUUUUUGUUGUACACGUGUUUUUGAAGAAGAUACUGUUUCAUUUUGGAAUGGCAUUAUUUACGUUCUGUCGUUUCUAUGAAAACCGCUAUGCGGGCCUUUUAAAUGAAAAGAGUGCCCCUGAGCAGAAUUUCUUUACAUGCCUGGAAUAUGUUGAAUAUAAAGUUUAAAUAUGCUCUUAAGUUCUUUCAAAAGUGAAGUUUUGUUAAAACGCUGUUGUACAGAAACAUAUGCACUACUUGCAAAAAAGAAAAACCUGUGCCAAACAAUGAACGAGUGACUGACUGUACAGACAAUUUUAUAUAUCGACGUGAGCAUUUUUCAUGUUUUCAUUUGGGACUCUUGAAGGAAAGCAAACAUUCCAGCAAUGUUCUUUUUUUUUCCUUUUUUUUUUGAGGAAAACAUCACAUUUAAAAGCACCUGCAGCUGACAGUGGUACAACAACUCACAUUUUACCAAAACCUAAGGACUUUGAUCUUGUCAAUUUUGCCAAAUUUAACUUACCUCAACUUCACCCGGCAUUGUGAAUCUCAAACAAGAAACCAUCCUGGGGGCUGACAAAUCUAGCUGUGUGCGCAGAAGGAGGUAACCUGUUGCAUUAAUCCCAUGCAGUUUUAUUGGAUUCUCAAAGAAGUCGUAAAGGCAUCAGAUGCUUCUUAAACUGAAACCGGGGGGGUAAAUCGAGAUGUGUGAUGCAGCAUUGAUCUGCCUGCAGCACAGGCUGUGGGUGGCCUUUUUGACUCCUGCCUACUGAGAACUGAAUGUACUACUCCAAUGUGAACUUUUAUUUAAAAAAAAAAAUAAAAAUAAACCAUAAUAAACAGAGGUACCACUGUUGAGCUGCUGCUAAUUAAUGAUGCUAAAGAAAACCACUUCUGGAGAAAAAACAAAAGAACACAGCUUGUGCCCUUUUUAAGAAUGUACGAUAAGUUUUAUGUUUGAUGUACUUUGGUUUUGACAUUCAUUGGAAGUACAUUUUGCCUUUUUUCUUUUCUUUUAAAAUUAAGCUUUAUAAAUAUAUUGUUCCUAGAGGGAUUCUUAAUUAAGGAACUUAAAUUACAUCUUGCAGAAUCUUGUAUAUUUUUCAGUGUGCCAAUUUGUAAGAUAUUUUGUAAGUGUAUAUUUUUCUUAGAAAGUGCUGUGAAGUUUUUGUGUGUGUGCGUGUGGGUACCCUUUUUUGCGCCUCAGGGUGUUUAUAAAAGGAAGCAUAAUGACAAGUUUCUGGUUUUAAAAACCAAAAUACAAAUGGAGAGGAAAAAAAAUCAAUUUAAAAUCUUUUUGUCUGAAAUUUUGUAAUAAGACCAAUCUUGUGAGAGUGUAGUGCUAUGGUGUAAAAAAAAAAAAAAAAGAUACAAAAAAAAAAAAAAAAAGAUACAACACAAAUUUGUGAACUCUUUGCUGUUUUAUAGGUUUUCAUGUAAAUUAUUCUAGUAUUAUUUUGUUUUGUUGUAAUUGUUGCAAAGGUUUUAAAUAUUUGUGAUUAAGCCUGUGCGGUGAAAAUGUAAUAUUGUUAACUUGCUGAGUUUUGUAAUAAUGUUUAUGGAAUAAAUAUAAAAAUAAAAAGGAGCUUUUGAAGGCUGCUUUCAAA